CCUCGACACGUGACGAGGGUAGAAGCAUCUACUUCCGGUAGCCAGCCGGCUAACAGCAAGCUAACAACCGUUAGCCUUCGCGGCCUGGACGCUAGCAGUUAUCGGCUAUUCUUAUUCAUCGCUUUAAAAAAAAAAAAAAUCUAAUCAACAAACUGCCCUCCUUUCACAUUAGUCCUUAUCUGUAAGUGAUACGCCGGUGGUUGAGUUAGUGUAUCGUUAUUUCGUGGCUGUGACACACCGGUUGUCGACAUGUCGGCGGUCCAACGGAUGAAAGUGGCUAACGAGAAACACAGCAAGACCAUAACGCAGCGAGGACACGUCCAGAAAACCACGCGGGUGGUGAAUGAGGAGAAGUCUCCUGUUGGUCCCUGGUUACUGGCCCUCUUUGUCUUUGUGGUGUGUGGAUCAGCCAUCUUCCAGAUCAUCCAGAGUAUCAGGCAGGGGUUGUGAUGGUUGUCACCCAGAUCAGAGCCUCCUCCCCUGGGAGAACACCCAACAGCCUCACCCCAUCCCUGCUCCAGCCACAGACAGACAUCCAGUGUUCUCCCUUUACUCAUACACACCCCCCUCCUCUCUGUGUCGAGUUAAAACAUUUUAGGGUUCCCGAGUGGCGCAGCGGUCUAAGGCACUGCAUCUCAGUGGUAGAGGUGUCACUACAGCCCCUGGUUUGAUCCCAGGCUGUAUCACAACUGGCCGUGAUCGGGAGUCCCAUAGGGCGGCGCACAAUUGGCCCAGCGUCGUCCUGGUUUGGGGAGGGUUUGGCCGUGGUAGGCCGUCAUUGUAAAUAAGAGUUUGUUCUUAACUGACUUGCCUAGUUAAAUAAAGGUAAAAUAAAAUAAUUAAGCAUCAGCUGACACACACAUCAUCCCCGUCCCUAUCUCUGUCAAGGUUAACAUCAGCAGGUUCUCCAUACUGUGAAUUAGAUCACCCCAUCUCUGUCAAGGUUAACAUCAGCAGGUUCUCCAUACUGUGAAUUAGAUCACCCCAUCUCUGUCAAGGUUAACAUCAGCAGGUUCUCCAUACUGUGAAUUAGAUCACCCCAUCUCUGUCAAGUUAAACAUCAGCAGGUUCUCCAUACUGUGAAUUAGAUCACCCCAUCUCUGUCAAGGUUAACAUCAGCAGGUUCUCCAUACUGUGAAUUAGAUCACCCCAUCUCUGUCAAGUUAAACAUCAGCAGGUUCUCCAUACUGUGAAUUAGAUCACCCCAUCUCUGUCAAGUUAAACAUCAGCAGGUUCUCCAUACUGUGAAUUAGAUCACCCUAUCUCUGUCAAGUUAAACAUCAGCAGGUUCUCCAUACUGUGAAUUAGAUCACCCUAUCUCUGUCAAGUUAAACAUCAGCAGGUUCUCCAUACUGUGAAUUAGAUCACCCCAUCUCUGUCAAGGUUAACAUCAGCAGGUUCUCCAUACUGUGAAUUAGAUCACCCCAUCUCUGUCAAGGUUAAACAUCAGCAGGUUCUCCAUACUGUGAAUUAGAUCACCCCAUCUCUGUCAAGUUAAACAUCAGCAGGUUCUCCAUACUGUGAAUUAGAUCACCCCAUCUCUGUCAAGUUAAACAUCAGCAGGUUCUCCAUACUGUGAAUUAGAUCACCCCAUCUCUGUCAAGUUAAACAUCAGCAGGUUCUCCAUACUGUGAAUUAGAUCACCCCAUCUCUGUCAAGUUAAACAUCAGCAGGUUCUCCAUACUGUGAAUUAGAUCACCCCAUCUCUGUCAAGGUUAACAUCAGCAGGUUCUCCAUACUGUGAAUUAGAUCACCCCAUCUCUGUCAAGGUUAACAUCAGCAGGUUCUCCAUACUGUGAAUUAGAUCACCCCAUCUCUGUCAAGGUUAACAUCAGCAGGUUCUCCAUACUGUGAAUUAGAUCACCCCAUCUCUGUCAAGGUUAACAUCAGCAGGUUCUCCAUACUGUGAAUUAGAUCACCCCAUCUCUGUCAAGUUAAACAUCAGCAGGUUCUCCAUACUGUGAAUGUCUCCAGGACUUUCUUUUUUUAAACAUUGUAUUGGUAAUGUUGAAAUAUGAAAUGUCUUAUGUAGUUCUUGAAAGAACCAUUUUUGUUUAUGGGUCUUAUUAAUGUCGGUUCUCCUGUCUCAUCUGAGCUGUACUCUGUAACACUGAUCCCAGGUCAGUUUGGUAUUGGUCCCACUGAUGGUUACUGUUGGGAUGUGGGGAGAGAACCACUGCUCUAGGUUCAGUCUCAUCGUGUUAGUCCAGUAGACUGACUGACUGCUGUGACAUGAUCUGUCCUUGUUUCUGAUCACAUCCCUCUGAUAUCUCCCUCUGAUAUCUCCCUGAUAUCUCCCUCUGAUAUCUCCCUCUGAUAUCUCCCUAGUAUGAUCACAUCCCUCUGAUAUCUCCCUCUGAUAUCUCCCUCUGAUAUCUCCCUAGUAUGAUCACAUCCCUCUGAUAUCUCCCUCUGAUAUCUCCCUAGUAUGAUCACAUCCCUCUGAUAUCUCCCUCUGAUAUCUCCCUCUGAUAUCUCCCUCUGAUAUCUCCCUCAUCGCUCUGUUCCCUUAUCCUGCCAUCUCCCCUCUCUCCUGUGUGUGUUUCUGUAUCUAGGAAGUUUUCAGUCUGUUUUCAACUGUUUAACUGUUUUCAGUUGUCUUCUACACUGGCCGUUCUGUUACUGUGGUAUCUACGUGCUGAAUGGCCUGUGUGUGUGUGUGUGUGUGUGUGUGUGUGUGUGUGUGUGUGUGUGUGUGAAGCAGCACUCCCUAGAGGCAGACACCUCUCCUGAACACCCAGAGUGUGAACGUGUGUGUGUGUGUGUGUGUGUGUGAACGUGUGUGUCAGUCCACCUCCCUCCUGUAAAACGCUAUGCAAAUGAGUUUUAUACAAAUAAAACGAGAUGUUUUUUUCUCUAAA